GGGGAGCGUGCGCCGGGGGUCGCGGCGCGGGAAGGCGCGCGGGGGCGGCGCCCGCGGGGUGGGCACCAGGGCCUGCGCCCGCCCCGCCCCGCGCGCGCCCCGCCUGCGUCUUUGUGCGCGGCGCUUCCUUUCUCCAUCACCUUCCGAGAAAUUCCGAGGGGACCGGGGCCGAGCGGAGGGGGAAGGGACCCUCCGGCCCACGCCCGGGCCGCGCCCCCGGACCCCCGCGCACAGCCCGCGCCCCCCAACCCGGAGCUGCCGCUGCCGGCGCCAUGCAGGGCCUCUGCCUGGUGGUGCUCGCCCUGCUGUGCUCGGCGCCCGCUCAGGGCCUGUGGUGCCAGGACUGCACGCUGACCACCAACUCCAGCCACUGCACGCCCAAGCCCUGCCUGCCGUCGGACACGGUGUGCGCCAGCGUGCGCAUCGCCGACCCCAGCAGCAGCCGGAAGGACCACUCGGUGAACAAGAUGUGCGCCUCGUCCUGCGACUUCGUCAAGCGCCACUUUUUCUCUGACUACCUGAUGGGCUUCAUCAACUCGGGCGUGCUGAAGGUGGACGUGGACUGCUGCGAGACGGAUCUGUGCAACCGGGGGGUGCGGGCGCGGGGCGGCCUGGCGGGCCUGGCCGCCGCGCUGCUGCUGGCCCUGGGGCCCGCCCUGCUCUGGGCUGGCCCCUGACCCCCAGCCUGGAGCAGCCCCCUCCCCUG